AUGGAUUCAACGACAGUCAUUCUAUACUUCGAUGGCGCUCAAUGCGAGGGAAAGCUUGCAACCCAUGAAAAGCGCCAGAAUGCUCGAAAAACGGCCAUCAACGCCGCCGACGAUCAUGUCACGACUUUCAUGGAUCGUGUAUCCGAAGGCGCACAUAUCAGGAAGCGCCAUUUUACCAAUGUUGAUAAGCAACUCACAAACGCCUUUCGCUGGGAUGUGGAAGCUCGGAACGGACUUGUCCGCUUUCUCGAGAACCACGGAUGGAGGGUCGUGCAAUGUGAUACAGAGGCGGAUGUCAAAAUCGCCACAGAUACCAUGGAAGGAGACAUUGUCAUCAGCGGGGACUCGGACCUUCUCAUUUACCACAGCAUCCCUGUUGUUUGGCGACCAGUAUGUGGUGGCGGUUUCUUGGAGUAUCGGAAAAAAGACAUGUUGUCUGCGCUGGGACUCGAGACGGCAGAACAGCUUACGGUCUUGGGUGUUGUGUCGACCAAUGAUUACAAUCGCAGUCUGUACGUCUUGGGAUGCGAGACCAACUAUGAGAUCGUUAAGGAUAUGAAAGCCAAAGGAUCAGACGAUCAGGCCAAAGACGUACCGGCACUAAUGAAAGAAUACCUUGCUGAUGAACGUGUUGUUAUCAAGAACAAAAGCGGCAUUACUUUCGACACGAGCAUCAAUGUUUUCGUCCAUCUUCACCAAACCCCGAUCGCGCAUGGCCAACAUGACAAACCAGAUACUACCGCACUUGAGGCGAGAUUGGAGGGCAUCAAGGAAAGGUACCAGUAUGCUCGCAGCAAGUUUACCGAGCGGAAACAGGCGCAGUUAGCUUCCAGACAGGCAACAAAGAGGUACCGCACCAUCGACCGCCCGCCUCCGAAGGACAGCAAGGAUUCGACUACCACACCUCCUCCUCGCCCUCGCUACUCCUUUAAAACCAGGACGAAAACAGUAACGCACGAACCUCCACAGGCAAUGAAGCGCUACAAAUGGAAGCCAUGGACCGAGCUGCCUGAGAGUCCUUUGGAGAAAGUUGAGAACAAGUUGACCCCAAAGAAGCCAGCUAAGAAGCCAGCUAAGAAGCCAGCUAAGAAGCCAGUCAAGAAGCCAUCGAAGCCACCAACACCUAUUGAAUCCAUGGACAAGCGACAGCUCUGGAAUGGGCUGAAAUGGGAGCACCCAAAGGCGACUCUUCGUAUCGGCACUAUACAAGCAAACAUCAGGGCGGCAUUGAAAACCAGGGCGGACGUCGCUGACGAAAUGAUUGACUGCUUGCGGGAGGCCGUUGGAGAGGCCAACAGGACCAAACGACGUGCUCAGAGACUCAUUGCUCUGUACGUGGAAAGCAUGGCGGCUGGUUAUAUGCAACCAAAGGACCGAGACUAUCUCGAUGGAUUAUGCCCAAGGGUAGAACUCAAGGAUGCAGAUGGCGGCCAGGACAGUAGUGAGAAUCACACUGACGACGACAUCGAUGGCGAACCUGACAGUUCCAGUAGUCAGUUCCUUUAUGCCUUUCUACGACAUCUUUAUUCGGGCAAUCCUCCCACGAAUCGAGGCGUUGGCAAACUUGUUACUGGCUUCAUUGGGCGAUUACAGGAGCUGAACUUGUACACUCCCCCAAGGCUAACAAGUGCUAUACGCUAG